AUGAAAACCUUUGUUGGGUGGCAGACAGUGUUGGGCAGUGCGAAGCCCCGCGAUGAUGUCAAACGUUCUCAGAUGAAUGCAAUAGUUCUCGUCUGCUCGAGCAUUCGCUGCUGUAGCUAUUGUUGGCCACUGCCAAUAUAUUCACAUCACCGUUUCUGGCGUCAGCAACAACUACCUCAACAUUGA